AUGAUGACCCCAAUACAAGAAAGGAACUUAUCCGAAUUAAAUGAAAAUGGAUGUUUCAGAGAAGGAGACUCAGAUAAAAAUGUAAGUUCCUCUGAUUCUGAAUCUGAUCAUGUGUUAUCCGGGUCUGAUAAAAUGGAUUUAGGUGAAAAUGAAGAAAAGGACGGUUUGGAUGCAGAUGAAAAUGUUGAAGAAAAAUAUGAAGGAGGAAAUGACUUCUUUAAUAUUUUCUCGCAUACCUUCUGGGAAGGUGAGAAGAUAUUUACUAGCAAUGUGACAAGGGAGGAGAUAGACGAACUGAUGAAUAAUAUGGAACAAGUGCCAUCCAAGGAUGAAAUUAUCAAAAUGUGCAAGGGCGUAUAUGCUUUGGAAGUACGGGCGAUUUGCUUAAUUCUAAUUUCAUUAAUGGAAUAUUUCGAAGAAUUGAAGGAAAAGCAUCAAAUAGAAGAGGAAGAAGCCUGUGUCCAUUGGAGGAGGCUCAUGUCCAUUUGUUUUGACGUAUUAACAGAGAAGGAGGAGCACUACCGUAAACUUUUCAGUGGAUUCAUCAUGAAGGAUCGGUUGACCAAGCAGGAAUUUGUGAAUUUCUUGAACAGUUGCAGGGAGGAGGCUGCUGAAUUCAGAGAAACUCUACAGACCUUGGGGAAGAGAGAAUUGGAUGCAGGAAUGAUCCCAAAACAAGAAAGCGACUAG